GUUUGGCCAAUCGCCGUCGGUUGCCGACUUGCGCAAUCGCUUUUUGCUUGCUCGCCGGCCACCGCUCACUGCCCUUCAUUUUCCACGCAUACGUUGAUCAGAAAUCUAUCGUCCACAGACGCUUCAACAGACUUUCUACGAAGUAAAAUAUAAACUUAAACAUGUCUAACAUUGGUAUCAAUGGAUUUGGUCGUAUCGGCAGAUUGGUGUUGAGGGCUUCCUUGGAAAAGGGUGCUAAAGUUGUUGCUAUCAAUGACCCGUUCAUUGGUAUUGAAUAUAUGGUAUACUUAUUCAAAUACGACUCUACUCAUGGUCGUUUCAAGGGCGAAGUUACUGUCGAUGGAGACUUUUUAGUUGUCAACGGCGACAAGAUUAAGAUUUUCUCCGAACGUGACCCCAAAGCUAUUCAAUGGGCCUCUGCUGGUGCACAUUAUGUUGUUGAAUCUACCGGAGUAUUCACGACCAUUGAAAAAGCCUCUGCUCAUUUGGAAGGAGGUGCAAAAAAAGUCAUCAUCUCUGCACCAAGUGCUGACGCACCCAUGUUUGUUGUUGGUGUCAACUUAGAUGCUUAUGAUCCAUCUUUCAAAGUUGUGUCUAAUGCGUCUUGUACUACCAACUGCUUGGCUCCUUUGGCUAAGGUCAUCAAUGACAACUUUGGUAUUGUCGAAGGUCUCAUGACUACCGUUCAUGCCACUACUGCUACUCAAAAGACCGUUGAUGGUCCGUCUGGAAAGUUGUGGAGAGAUGGAAGAGGUGCUGCCCAAAACAUCAUACCCGCUGCUACUGGUGCCGCCAAAGCUGUUGGAAAAGUCAUCCCUGCCUUAAAUGGAAAAUUAACCGGAAUGGCUUUCCGUGUCCCGGUUGCCAAUGUUUCCGUUGUUGAUUUGACCGUCAGACUUUCAAAACCCGCCAGCUACCAAGAAAUCAAGAACAAAGUCAAAGAGGCAGCUAAUGGACCCUUAAAAGGAAUUUUGGCUUACACUGAGGACGAAGUUGUAUCUUCUGACUUCAUUGGUGACACCAACUCGUCCAUCUUUGAUGCCAAAGCGGGUAUUCCAUUAAACGAUCAAUUCGUCAAGCUCAUUUCAUGGUACGAUAAUGAAUAUGGAUACUCCAACCGAGUUGUGGACCUUAUUAAGUUUAUGCAGUCAAAGGACUAAACUAGUCAUCAGGAAAUUAUAGUUACAACCUGAGUAACUCAAUAUUUGUGUUUUAGCAUACUAUAAAAAAAAUUUUGUUUAUCAAAACUGUAUUAUCUGUCAUCUAAAUAUUUGUUUACCAGUGCAAUUUUUGUAGUAGGUUUCCUUUUUUUUUACAUACACAUAUUUAUGUUAGAAAAUAAGAUAUUCUAUACCUCAAAAUAAAAAUAAAUUUUAAACAAUAAAAUUAGACAAUAAAGUUGCUCUAGAA